GCCACAUCCUGCUCGCCUGCGCUGCUCCGUAUCACUCGCCUCCCUCCCCCUUCGACGCUCUGCAUCCUGGUCCUUCUCUUCGCACUCCGACAUCAUCAUCAUCCGUUGUAAUACCUCUCUUCUUUACACUCUUCUUUAUCUAGAGCAACCAUCACUCUCGCUAACUUCGUUCGUUGCCUUCUGCACCCACGCAUCCCAACAGGUCAUCUGGUGGUGGUGCUGCUGCUCGUUGUUGGCCCUUCUUUGUUCGAUUCCCACCCCCAAUUUCCCACCGCGGAUUCCAUCUCUCUCGCUCAGCGACAUCUGACGAAUCUUCUCGACCUCGUUCUUUGUACGACCAGAGCACCCCCCGCCUGUUGUGAUACUCUAUUUGCGAGGGUCGAAUCUCUUUGUACUGCACUCGGGGCAUUCUUCGUAUAUCUGUGCAUGGUACCGUCGCCCUUUCAUUGACGACUGCAUACGCAUCCGACCGACCUUAAACCGAGAAAAAUAAAACAAAACGCAAUGGCGGGCCGAGUCUUGCAUUCUCUCGUCUUCGUUGCCGCCGCGUUGGCGCCCGCGAUCUCUGCCCAGACGACCUGUGGCGGUGGUGUUCUAUGUCCUUCAGAUACCCCAUGCUGUUCACAAUAUGGUCAAUGUGGUGUUGGCGCCUACUGUCUAGGCGGAUGUGAUCCCGUCAACUCGUUCAGCCUCGAUUCCUGCGUUCCCGCGCCUGUUUGUCAAUCUCAAACCUAUGAUUUUAAUAACCUCAACCGUGUCAUGGCCAACACCAAGUACCUGGGAGAUGCUACUCAGGCCGACUGGGUCUCUUCCGGCAGUCCCUUGGAAUACAACAACUCGGUGCUCCUGACCAUGGCCGAAGGAACAGUGGGGACACUGCUGGCCAGCACGCGCUCUGUGUGGUAUGGCAAGGUCAGCGCUAGAUUUGCCACGUCUGCCGGUGCUGGUGUCGUCACUGCCUUCAUUCUGCUCGGCAAUUCCAAGGACGAAAUUGAUUUCGAGUUCGUGGGCACGCAAUUGACAAGUGCUCAAACAAACUUCUACUCUCAGGGUGUACCAGUCUAUACCAACGGCGGCAAUACUACCGGCCUUGAGGACGUUCAUGCAAAUUUCCAUGACUACGAAAUCGACUGGCAGCCUGAUAGCAUUACUUGGUCAAUUGAUGGCAACGCAGUUCGUACACUGAACCGCGAAGACACCUGGAACGAGACCGCAAAUCGAUACUACUAUCCUCAAACCCCGUGCCAAGUGCAGCUGUCAUUGUGGCCCGGUGGUCUCCCGUCGAACGGUGAAGGUACCAUUGAAUGGGCAGGUGGUCUUGUGCAAUGGGAUUCACCAUACAUGACCAACGGAUACUACUACGCCCAGUUCGACUCGGUUUCGGUGCAGUGCUAUGAUCCGCCCUCUGGCGCAAACGUCCAAGGCAGCAAGUCUUACAUCUUCACUGACCCGGCCAUGACCAACAACACCGUCGAAGUUACCAACGACAAUACCGUGCUGAAAUCAUUCCUUGGUACCGGCACCAACAUGUCGGCCGGCAGCAACACCGCCAGCUCAAGCGGCUCGUCCAAAACAAGUGAACCAGCCACUGUUCCCGGUCUUUCGGGUGUUGGCACUGGCACCAACGGCGGCCGUGGCGACAACACCACGGACAACAGUGGAAGCGGAAGCAGUGGUGAUUCUGGAUCAGGAAGUAACAGUGCCAGCGCCACAGGAGCUGCAUCGACGGGAUUCGUGCAGGGUGAUGGCGGUGACUCUUCCAACGGUGCUGGCCAGAUUGGCGGCAAGAGCGAAACGGUCCUCAAGGGAAGUCUGUUUGCUGUUGUCGUUGCUGUUGUCGGGUUGUGCAUGGUGUAAUCUUGCGAAUCUUGAGUGAAUAUUUGAUAAUUUAAAACGACGAGGCACGUGAAGCAAGGCGGUCGAGCUCGGGCAUGUCUGAUUUAGUGUUUGUUCUUUCUGUGCAUGGAUGGUGCAUUGCGAUUGUCAAAAGGCAUGUCGGUGGGUGCAUGGGGCAUUGAAGCCAUCAUUCUGAGUGAUUUUCGAUUCGGUUGGCUUUCCGCGCAUCCCAACAAGGAAGUGUACGUUAUGAUGGACAUAAUAGAGGGCAUAACCAUCCUAGGAUAUGUGAACAUCUACAAACAAGCUCGAGAGCAGAGGGAUAUGGUAAUGACGGUGCAUUGAUUGGCUGUAGCUGGAGUUGCGCAGAGUCGUGAGUUGCUGUUGGCUAUGAAGUCAUGGUUCGGAUCCGAUAGAGUGAACUUGGGGUCAAUUUACUGUCAUGACUUUUUUCCUUC